AUGGGUCUCCCUGUUCUUUGCAGCGCCCCCCCCGGCGCGCAGUGCCCGCGCUGUGCUGCCAUGUUGAGCUGCGAGAGCUGCCUCAGCAGCGCCACCUGUGGCUGGUGCUGGGAUAGCAGCGAGCCCACGGCCGGCCGCUGUGUUCCCGGUGACUUCUCCUCCCCCUGGGAUUUCCCGCACUGUGGGGCGGUGCUGCCCGGGUCACGUGACGCCAUGUGGGCCUUCAUCGAGUGCCCGCGGCACGACUGCAGCCCCGCCCCCUCCGGGAGCUCCAACCAAUCAGAAAGCAGCGCCUCUUACACCAGCCCCACCCCCAUUGGGAAUGGUGUUUAUAAUGAAAGCCACGCCCCCACCGGAAGUGCCAGUUAUAAUGGAAGCCACGCCUUCUCUGGAAGCCCCGCCCCCAGCAGAAGUCCCGCCCCCCCAGGCUGCCACCCAAUGGCGCGCUGCGUGCUGACGCCGUCGGGGUUCCGGUGCCGCUGUCCUCCAGGGUACCUGGGGGAUGGAGUGAAGGAGUGCAGCCGGACGUGA